UUUGCACUCUCUUCAAUUUAGAUAAAUUGCGUUGGGUGUUGGGAAAUCCGGAAAAAUGGACAAUUUUGGUUACAUUCCUGAAGCCAUGAUUAUCAAUAUCUUGUUAAGGUUGCCCGUGAAAACUCUGUUGCGAUUCAAGUGCGUUUGCAAAUCAUGGUGUUCUAUCAUUACAAGCUGCAGUUUUAUUUAUGAGCAUUUGGAUAUGGCACUUGCAGACAGUAGAAAAGCUCGUCUUCUCGUCAUGCAGUAUUAUCCAGAAACCAGCGACUUCUUCUUGUUCACUAAGGACCAACUAACGACACCAACACAUUUUAAAAUUCCCACAAAGUCUUCUUAUUGUGAUUUUACAAUUAUGGGACCCUGCCAUGGUCUAUUUUGUCUUUUUAAUGACGUCAAUUCAGAGUUAUGCCUGUGGAAUCCUGCAACUAGAGAGAUCAAAUAUAUACCAGAAUCCCCAUUUCCUCCUCCAGAAAAAUAUCAUGGCGAUGAGGAUGCUGAAUUCGGGUUUGGGUUUGACUGGAAAACUAGAGAUUAUAAGGUGGUCAAAUUGCUUAGGGAUCAUUAUGAUGAUAGAGAGCAUCGAAACAAUGUCUAUCAAGUUGAAAUAUACUCCUUGAGCACAAAUUCUUGGAGAAAAAUUGACGUUAAUGUGCCAGCUCACUCUCUUGUGAGGAAUUAUGCAAUGGCCUACAUGAAUGGAACUUAUUAUUGGUGGGCGGGGACAUUCAUUCUUUGUUUUGACAUGAGCAACGAGCAAUUUGAGACGAUUCAGUUGCCUAAAAUAGAUUUUCCACUUAAUGAGGUAGAGAUUUUGGGAAAUGGCAUCUCUUUCACAGAAUAUGAUGGAUCGUUGGCGGUGAUUUUUUAUUUACUAAAUAAAUGUGGCACAUGGUCUGAAUUGUGGACAAUGAAGGGACAUAGCACGGCAGUUACUUGGACCAAGCAAUUUUCGGUAGGAUGGCUAAAAGGACAGUGGAGGCCAAUAGGAAGUUAUAAGAACAAUAGAAUUCUUUUCGAAAGUAGAUUAUUCGGGGACAAUAGGAUAAUCCGUUAUGAUCACGAAGCAAGAAGUGUGCAAAUUGAUCUUCCAGAGACAAGGAUGGACGGUUCCUGUUCAAAAACAAUUGCUGCAUGUUACAUUGAAAGCUUAGUUUCCCUGAUGCUAGGAGAUGGAUGGAAAUCAAUUUAUGAGAACUUCAAACUUCCAAGUGUCCUCCACUCACAUGGGGUGAGGUCCACCAUAAUAAAAUAUUCGAGUGAACCCCACCCCAUUGCAAGCUGCUUUUGGUCUAUAUUUUGCGUCCCUAAGCUCAUAGAUGCUCUCAAGCUUCCAUUAAAAGGAGACUAUAACAUGGACAGUAUCAAAUAUGCCAGGAAUGGAGGGUUUUCUCAAGCUUCGAGAUCUUCCAUGUUUUCUGUUGUGCAAAUGAUUGGACUCAAGCAGAAGGAAAGUAAAUGCAUGGCAUGGUUAGAUGACCAGGCAUUCAAAUAUGUAGUUCAUGUGAGUUUUGGAAACAUGAAAGUGUUGGAUAUACACCAGUUGAUGGAGUUUUUGCAUGGUUUGGUGAAUAGUGGAAAGCCCUUUUUGUUGGUCAUUCUAGCUAACCUGAUUUCCGAGGAGUUCCAGGCGCCAAGAGUGCAUUUUGAGGGCACUAAACAAAGGGGAAAAACAAUGAAUUGGGAACCACAAGAGGAAGCUCUUGCCUACCCGGCCAUGGGCGAGUUUUUGACUCACAGUGGAUGGAAUUAUACUCUUGAGAGUAUUUGUUAA